AUGGGCAAACGCAAGUCCAGCAAGAAACCGCAGGCAAAGAUCAAGAUGGUUUUGGACAAGGAGUUUUCAUGUCUGUUCUGUAACCAUGAAAAGACAGUCACUUGCAAGAUGGACAUGGAGAACAAGAUUGGUCAAUUAACCUGCAGUGCUUGUGGAGUGUCGUUUCAAUCCAUGGUUACAAAACUCAGUGAACCUGUAGAUGUAUUCAGCGACUGGAUUGACGCUUGUGAA